ACAUUCAUUCAUGUCUUUUUAUUAAAAAAUAAAAACAGAUAUUCCAAUUUACUUGAUUUAAUAUUAUAAAUCAAGUUCAAAUCUUUUUCAUCAAAACAUUAAUUAUUUCCAAAAGGGUAUUUAAAUCUUGAAUAUUUUUGUUGUGGGUAUAAAUCUUUUUUGUAAAUCUUGAUCUUGGUGUUAAAUUCUUGAAAACUUUGCUAUACAAUGGGAAAAGUGACGGUGGCGGCAGCGGUGGUGUGUGCCGCCGCUGUAUCUGCGGCGGCGGUGUUGGUGGUCCGGCAAAGGAUGAAGAAUUCCGGCAAGUGGGCUAAGACUAUUGAUAUAUUGAAAGAGUUUGAAGAUAAGUGUGAAACUCCGAUUGGUAAACUCCGGCAAGUGGCUGAUGCUAUGACGGUGGAGAUGCACGCCGGACUUGCUUCUGAUGGUGGUAGUAAGCUCAAAAUGUUAAUCAGCUAUGUUGAUAAUCUUCCUACUGGGGAUGAGACGGGUAUCUUUUAUGCUCUAGACCUUGGCGGUACAAACUUCCGUGUUCUUCGUGUGAAGUUGGGCGGAGGAGAAAACGUGAAAAAGGAGUUUGAAGAAGUUUCAAUUCCUCCGAAGCUCAUGAUUGGGAAAUGUGAAGAUUUAUUUGAUUUUAUUGCUGGAGAACUUGCAAAGUUUGUGGAUACAGAGGGCGAAGAUAUGCACAUUCCAGCUGGGACACAGCGAGAACUAGGGUUUACCUUUUCUUUUCCUGUGAAACAAUCAUCAAUUGCUGGGGGAACUCUUGUUAGAUGGACAAAAGGAUUCAACAUUGCGGAUGCGGUUGGGCAGGACAUCGUAGAAGAGUUGACAAAAGCAAUGGAAAGGGCUGGCCUUGAUAUGCGUGUUUCAGCUUUGGUCAAUGAUACAGUUGGAACUUUAGCUGGAGGCAGAUACAGUAAUAAGAAUGUAAUUGCUGCUGUGAUAUUAGGAACCGGAACUAAUGCAGCAUAUGUGGAGCGUGCAAAUGCAAUCCCCAAAUGGCAAGGCCUGCUUCCUAAGUCCGGAGAGAUGGUUAUAAACAUGGAAUGGGGCAACUUCAGAUCAUCACAUCUUCCUUUGACGGAGUAUGAUGAAAGUCUUGAUAGUGAUAGCUUAAACCCUGGAGAACAGAUCUUUGAGAAGAUUAUUUCCGGAAUGUAUUUGGGAGAAAUUGUGAGGCGGGUCUUGCUGAAGAUGGCUGUAGAAGCAGAGUUUUUCGGUGAAACUGUCCCAUCCAAACUUGAAAAACCCUUCAUCUUAAGGACCCCAGAUAUGUCUGCAAUGCAUCAUGACUCAACCCCCGACCUCAAAGUCGUUGCAGCCAAGUUGAAAGAUAUACUCGAUAUAUCCAACACUUCUUUAAAGAUGAGAAAAGUAAUUGUGGAGCUAUGUGAAAUCGUUGCUAUGCGUGGUGCUCGUCUCUCUGCUGCUGGAAUCCUAGGAAUCCUCAAGAAGAUAGGAAGAGAUGUUGUUAAGGAAGGAGAAGAAAAUCAGAAGUCAGUAAUAGCAAUGGAUGGUGGGCUGUAUGAACACUACACCAAGUUCAGAUCCGCAAUGCAAAGUGCUAUGAACGAGCUAUUAGGUGAAGAAGCUUCCAAGAACCUCGUAAUAGAGCUAUCAAAUGAUGGUUCUGGCCUUGGUGCUGCUCUUCUUGCAGCUUCUCAUUCUCAGUACCGGGAAUACAUUGAGUCCCCAUAGACUUGAACCGGCCUGUACAUUUACUUUUAUGUUAUUCGGAUUAUGAAUUGGAGGACUUUUUUGUUUUAUGAUAUUUGUUUGCAAGAGUCCCCAUAAGUUAUGGGGUAUGCAACAUGCUUAGGCUCUGAUGACCACCUAUAGUGUCACAUGGAAAUGUAUGUUGUUUUAAGAUAUAUUAGCGAAUAAUAAAAGCAAUGUGUUAGAAUUCUUAAAUUCAAAAUGACAUAUGUCCUUGAGUCAUAGAUACUUUGUUUUUCAGUUUUGUAAAAGUUAAAGAUGGGUUUUUCUUCUUUGUA